UGACCCCUGGUCGGCAGAGCCCGAGGCGGCUGCCUGUGCCCUGCUGAAACUUCAUGGCCACAACCCCAGGCCCUGCUGGCAUUGCCAUGGGAAGCGUGGGCAGCCUGUUGGAGCGGCAAGACUUCUCCCCAGAAGAGCUUCGGGCGGCCCUCUCGGGGUCCCGGGGCUCCCGCCAGCCUGAUGGGCUCCUCCGGAAAGGUUUAGGCCAGCGUGAGCUCCUCAGCUACCUGCACCUCCCCAAAAAGGACAGCAAGGCCACCAGGCGGGCGCCUCGGAAUGAGCCCGCUGACUACGCCACACUCUACUACCGGGAGCACCCUCGGGCUGGGGACUUCAGCAAGACUUCGCUGCCUGAGCGGGGUCGCUUCGACAAGUGUCGCAUUCGGCCGUCAGUGUUCAAGCCUGCAGGGGGCACUGGAAAAGGCUUCCUGUCCAUGCAGAGCCUGGCGGCCCACAAGGGCCAAAAGCUAUGGCGCAGCAAUGGCAGUCUGCACACGCUGGCCUGCCACCCGCCCCUGAGCCCCGGACCCCGCGCCAGCCAAGCCCGUGCGCAGCUGCUGCAUGCCCUCAGCCUGGACGAGGGGCGCCCCGAGCCCGAGCCCAGUCUGUCUGACUCUUCCAGUGGGGGCAGCUUUGGCUGCAGUUCUGGCACCAGACCCAGCCACUUCAGCUCCUCCCUGGGCCACAUUAACCACCUUGGGGGUUCCCUGGACCGUGCCCCGAGGAGCCCCAAGGAGGCUGGAGCCCUGGCUGUGCUAAGCUGCCUGCCUGAGCCACCACCGCCCUACGAACUGUCCUGCCCCACUGCGGAGGAGGUGGUGGCCAUGUUGCCGGACACCUGUGACACGCUCAAGAGGGAACUCAGUGACCCGGACAGCGCCAAUCCCUUCACACAGGUGCUCGAGGAGCGCCAGCGGCUGUGGCUGUGCGAGCUGAAGCGCUUGUACGUGGAGCGGCUGCAUGAGGUGGCACAGAAGGCCGAGCGUAGCGAGCGCAACCUCCAGCUGCAGCUGUUCAUGGCCCAGCAGGAGCAGCGGCGCCUGCGUAAGGAGCUGCGGGCACAGCAAGGCCUGGGGCCCCAGCAGCCCCCCGGGGCCACGCCAGAGGCCGACCCCAGCGCUGGACCGGAAGAAGAAGCCCGAUGGGAGGUGUGCCAGAAGACAGCGGAGAUUAGUCUGUUGAAGCAGCAGCUGCGGGAGGCCCAGGCAGAGCUGGCACAGAAGCUGGCCGAGAUCUUCAAUCUGAAGACGCAGCUUCGGGGCAGCCGCGCGCAGGCCCAGGCCCAGGAUGCGGAGUUGGCGCGGUUGCGUGAGGCUGUUCGCAGCCUGCAGGAGCAGGCCCCGCGGGAGGAAGCCCCGGGCAGCUGCGAGACAGAUGACUGCAAGAGCCGGGGACUAAGGGGGGAGGCCGGAGGCAGCGAGAGCGCAGAUGGCACCGAGGAGCUACGGGCAGAGCUGCUACAAGAGCGGCUCCGGGGCCAGGAGCAGGCGCUGCGCUUUGAGCAGGAGCGGCGGACUUGGCAGGAGGAGAAGGAGCGGGUGCUGCGCUAUCAGCGGGAGAUCCAAGGGGGCUACAUGGACAUGUACCGCCGCAACCAGGCGCUGGAGCAGGAGCUGCGGGCACUGCGGGAGCCCCCUGCGCCCUGGAGUCCUCGGUUGGAGUCCUCUAAGAUCUGAGGCCAGGAGGGGAAGCUGACAGCAGACACUAAAGAUGCCUGGGAAGGCUGGCUCCAUCCUGCCCCUCAGGCAGAAGCCAGCCCAGCCAUGGGGGCCUGCGAGAGGAGGGCUGGGUAGGGUGCCAGCUGCAGGAGCCAGGGCAAAGCCCCCAGGGCAGAGGAGCGCUCCCCCAGCAAUGGGUGUGGCCUCAGGCAGGUGGGUGGAAAAGGCAGAGCCCCAGGAUACAGAAGGGCAGCCGGGCAGCUGAGGUUGGAAGGCUGCAGGCCUGGGCUGAGGCCUCCUUGGUGGAAGGAGGUUGAGACAGGAGCGGUGGUCUCCUGCAGAAUAAAAGAGUGUUUUCUAGGA